UGUUCAUUCUCUUGGGGGGUUUUCUUUCUGUGUUCUAAGCUCAGAUAGAUUCAUAGAUAGAUACAGCCCCUUAGAGAAAGAACAUGAAUUGCUUUUGUUUGUCAGGGAAAUCAAGCAAGAAGAAGCUUGAGACUGAUGAUUAUACCCACACUCAAAAACCCUCCAAUCUCUCUCCUUCAGAUAAGGUCAAAGUUGAAUUGAAACCAAAUGUUAAGAAAGAAGAUACUCCAAAGAAUGAUCAACUUGCUCAGGAUGUGGGGAAUUUGAAUAUGAAACAGGAUGUUUCCAUUGAAGGAGAAGACAGCGGUAGUCGGGCAGAGAUAUUCACUUUCGACGAACUUACUGCUGCGACCAGAAAUUUUGCAUUGGAUUGCUUUUUGGGCGAAGGAGGGUUCGGCAAGGUCUACAAAGGAUACUUGCAGAGAAUAGACCAGGUUGUAGCUAUUAAGCAAUUAGACCCUAAUGGACUUCAAGGAGUUCGGGAAUUUGCCGCGGAAGUGUUGACACUGAGUAAGGCAGACCACCCUAAUCUGGUCAAGCUGAUUGGAUUUUGUACUGAUGGAGAUCAGAGGCUGUUGGUUUACGAGUAUAUGCCGUUGGGAUCGCUCGAGUAUCAUUUGCUAGACCUUCCGCCCGGUAAAAAACCACUUGAUUGGAAUACAAGAAUGCAAAUAGCAGCCGGUGCAGCUAGGGGGUUGGAGUAUUUGCACGAUAAAAUGAAGCCUCCCAUCAUAUAUCGUGACUUGAAAUGCUCUAACAUUUUGUUAGGUGAGGGGUAUCAUCCCAAGUUAUCUGAUUUCGGGUUGGCAAAAGUAGGCCCGAGCGGUGACAAGACACAUGUUUCAACAAGGGUGAUGGGUACAUACGGGUAUUGCGCCCCGGAUUAUGCGAUGACAGGUCAGUUGACAUUCAAGUCGGAUAUUUACAGCUUCGGGGUUGUUCUUUUGGAACUCAUCACGGGCAGGAAGGCCAUUGACCAUACGAAAUCCGGCAAAGAACAAAAUCUGGUUGCUUGGGCAAGACCGUUAUUUAGAGACCGGAGGAAGUUCUCAGAAAUGGUCGAUCCUUUGCUUGAAGGGAAAUACCCCGUGAGAGGUUUAUACCAAGCUCUUGCUAUCGCGGCGAUGUGUGUUCAAGAGCAGCCUAACAUGCGGCCGGUUAUAGUUGACGUCGUCACAGCUCUGAACUACCUCGCAUCGCAGAAGUACGAUCCUCAAAUUCCUCCUGUACAGGGCUCUAGAAGAGGUCCGAAUUCUCCGAAAGCGAGAAGGGAUGAUGACGGUAAUGAGAAUGAGUCAGAGAAAUCUGUAAACUAGGAAAGGUAGGUUAGAUUGGUAUAUUUGUCUCUGUUCAUAAUGUGAAUGUGCCUAGUUAUCAAUUUUUGUUUGAUAGAAAGAUAACUUGGUGCCUCAAAUGUAAGUCUUUCACAUACAGAAAAAAGAACCCCAAAAAAAAAAUCACCUUUUUAGAGUACUCCUUGGUGUACAUUCGAGCUUAUCUUGUUCUAUAAAAUUUCUCAGCUCCUUUCAUCA